AUGGAUUCAUUCGAUAGAGUUAAUGAGAAUUAUCAAAAGGUGUGCAAUGCUUUGACCAGAAGAAUCAAGCAGUUGCCAAACUAUACUGGAGAGAGCAAGAAGAGAGCCAUAAGAGAUGCCGAACAAGAUAUAAAUGAUGGACUUCAAUAUAUAAAUGAAAUGGAUAGGAUCAGUCAAUCACAUCCACAGAGGAUCAAGAUACAGCAACAGAUUAGACAGUACCAGACAGAUAUGCAAAGAUUCCAGAGGGAUGUGUUGAAGGCAUCGACAACGUCUAGCAAUGAUUUCAAUAGAGACGCGGGAUUCUCCAACGCACCAGAGGACUAUCAAUCACAGUACGAUCAGCAGCGACAGCAUCUGCUCGGUGGCUACGAGGUCGUCAACGAGUCGUCCGACCGUCUGGUACGAAUCCAACAGACAUCGGCACAGAACGAGCAGAUUGGUGAGGGUAUUCUAGUGCAGUUGGGAGAGCAGGGUAAUCAAAUCAGAUCAAUGAAGAACAAGCUUGAUGAAACAGAUGACAAUGUCAAGACUGCAAGAAAGGUUAUUGGAAGCAUGGCAAGACGUGUGGCCACCAACAAGAUCAUACUACUGUUUAUCAUUUUCCUCCUACUGGCGAUCAUCACUCUGAUCAUCUGUCUCAAAUGGUUGAGAACCAAGAAGUAA